CUGCGGAAAUAGGACGUUUGUACCCUGACAUAGCAGUUGAGUCUUGUGCAGAGCGGUGGAGCAACAUGUUACAGUUUUUGGUGGGGUUUGCCUUGGGGAAUGUGGUGGGAAUGUACUUGGCUCAGACGUAUGAGGUGCCUGACUUCGGAAAGAAGGUGGAAAACUUUAAGAAAGAUCUAGAAGCCAAAAAGAAACCCCCGAGCGACAAGUCUUAAUGCAGCGUCCUGUCCUGGAAUUCCUGGGCCUCCGGUGUACAUAUCUAUACAUCUAUAAGCUCCUUCGGGCAGAUGGGAUUGAGGACGUACACGCUCGGGAACGUUAUUGUUCAUUUCC